UGCCACAGGUGACAAAAUCCUUAGUUGUUGACAGUGAGUGGCGCUUCAAGGUGCCGGCGGUCCUGCCGGCGCGCAAGUAAACUUCGUGCACUUUGGAAGUUAUUAGUCAUUUGAGUUCCUGCAAUCUGGAUAAUGCUGGCCGGCUCCAUCGACCUGGGCGCACGCUUUGCGAGAUCCCUUGCGAGUGGUGGUGGUUUCCGCUGGGUCAAUGUCUUGAGAGCACCUACUGUGCAGAGGCACGAGGCGGGUCCCUGUACCUCGUUCGAUGGCCACCCCGCAACUGGUGCAGCAAACCCCCAGCCCCUCCUCCGCGUCUGCCCCAAGCUCUAGCGAGCAACUGGAACGGCUCUGUCGUCGCUGCAACAAGUACUUCAGCCCUGCUCGCAAUUCUCCCCAGUCCUGUCGCUUCCACAGGAAAGAGUUUGUGUGCCGCUGGCACGACGACCAGCGCCGGUACUAUGAGCUGGGGCCGGACGAGCCGCCCUAUGCCGCCAAGUUCUACGACUGCUGCAAUGCUGAGGACAUCAACGCGCCUGGAUGCGCCACCAGCAAGCACAUCACUUACGACGAUCUAGAGGAAGACUAGCUGAAAGAAAGGACGCCGGUUUUUCUCCGUUGUGAAAAAAGCCUCUAGGUGGGGCGGCCCUGACACGUAGUAGCCCAAUGGCCGUUCUAUGCGAGACCAACCAGAUGUCGCUUGCUCUAGAGAGGCGCAUCUUUGCGUCUUCCCCCGCUGGGCGAGCUAUCCCCUGCACGCUGGUCACAGGCUUUCUCGGCUCUGGCAAGACCACCCUCGUCCGGCACAUCCUGGCCAGCAAGGGCGACCUCCGCAUUGCAGUGCUUGUCAACGAGUUUGGCCAAGCCGACAUUGACGGCGCCCUUUUAAACACCACCCAAACGAGCGCCUCGCUGGGCAUUGCCCCUCCCCGUGCCCUCUCCCACGGCUGCGCUUGCUGCGACACUAGCGAGGAGUUCCGGGCCGCUGUACGAGGCAUGCUAGAGAGCCAGGACGGCUUUGAUUACUUGGUGGUCGAGACCUCGGGGCUGUCGGACCCUCAGCCGAUGGCGCACGCGUUAAUGGAGCUGGGAGUGCGGCUCGACAUGGUUGUGGCGGUAGUGGAUGCGGAAGCGCUGUGUGGCAUGCUGGAGAACGAGGUGGCCAGGCGCCAGCUGGCGGCGGCGGACCUGGUGCUCGUCAACAAGUGCGAUCUGGUGUCUCUGGCUGGCGUCUCUGAUGUCGAGGACCGCGUGGAAGCCCUGACAGGGGGAACAAAGGCUGUGCGCUGCCGCUACUCGCGGGUACCCCUGGAGCUCGUUCUCAACAUCGACAUUCGGCAUGCCACCACUGACGUGGCGCUUGCGACCAACGGGGCAAGUGGCUACUUGUCGCAUGAAAGAGUGAGGACUUCUGUGAAGCUGAAAAUGAGGGAACCAGAGGGAGUGCCAGUAAGACGAAGCAAGGCUUUGGGGUUAACCAAGAUGAACGAAGGUACGAAAAGGAUGGCGGGAGGGAAUGACAACAAUGGGCACUCCGCGCAUCUGCCGGGAGGGGCUGUGAGGGAUUCUAGUUCGCAUCCAGGGAGUGAAAGCAACCGCCGCUUUGAUGAAGCAAGGUGCUCACCAGGUUUCCAGGCGGAACGGGGUUCAAGUUCGCACGCCGGUCCAUCGGGUCACGUUCACGUGACCCAGUUUGGGUCGACGAGUGUGCAUUCGGAGGUGCCCCUGUCUUUGGCUGCCUUCCAGGAGUGGGUGCUGGAGCGGCUUUUGACAGCAGGGGGAGUGCUGCGGGCCAAGGGCAUCGCCUGGUUUGCAGAGGACAGGUCCCGCCGUUAUGUCUUCCAGUACAGUGGCCGCCAGCGUCUGGAUUUGCACACCGAGGGGCUCUGGGAGAGCCCGCCCCACACCAGCGUCGUUCUCAUCGGCCGAGACAAGGCCGCGCUGCCAGGCCUGGAAUCAACGCUCGAGGUUUGUGCGGACCGCACACUCCAACCGACAGAUGAGACGCGUCCUGUGCCACCAAGUCAAGCUUUUCGAGACCUCAUGGCGCGCGACGACCGUUUCAAGCUGGUGGCGGCGACCUCUUGCUUUGAAGCGGACACGGCGAGUUCGGCUCCUUUUCGGGAUGAAGCUGACACCCUGGUGCGCUUUGUAUUGAAGGGCGAUGCGCUCAGAGGGGUCGACCAGAGAGCGCUGACGGAGUCGCUCAUUGCGAAAGUGAACGGCCACAGGAAGCUCUUGCUGGCGGCAGUGGACAUCCAUUCAGAAGGCUGUGUUGCACAAAUGGUCCUCGGGCCUGCUGUCAAUGCUGAGGAUGCGUGGGCCCUGGUCGCGCAAGAAGCGGGCAAAGCACGGGCAGCGGCCUUCAAGAAUAUUCACGCCUGCAGGUGCGACUUCACCAGGAGCUAGCAACUCUCGCCAACAGUUUACAUAGAAGCUCCUUGCACGCGACUGUACAUAGUCGAGACUCUGCACGCUGACUUUGCUGCUCACCUUUGCAAAGACGCUACUUCGUAAAAUCAGACUAAAAGUCCUGCGGGCCGAUGCAAGACACAGUGCGACGUAGGCCCGCCGGACUUGCAGCGUGCGGCUGUUGUCCAUCUAUCUGAUCAUGUGGCCGAUGGUCUGUUCCGGCAUCUGAGCUGCAAUCUCAGCGCAAGAACUAUAACUCGAU